CUUCUAGGCCGGUAAUCACAAUUGAACACCCACCGAACGGUAGGAAAGUAUCGGUUGCUUCUACAUAUUAUUAUAGUGGCAUCGGUCCCCUCCUCGUGGCUAGAAGACGGUGGCGACAGUUCAGUUAACGCACCAGUGUCGGGACGAACUGCAAGGAUGGCGUACGGUACGCAUCUGUUUUACGCGACUGUUGUAGUAAUAGUGUUACUCUUACGAGAUACGGAGACACAACGGGAACGUCCACCAAACCCGAUAAAGGAAGCGCUAUAUUUACACAGCGACUCGUUCAACGCGUCGUUCGAAGACUGCAUUUGGAGGCGAGAGUGGGAACCCUGUCCAGACCCAGCAGUCAAACUACACUUGUACACAGAAGCGGAGCCCGUUAAAAGAGUGGUUGAUCUGUUCAGCGAGGACUGGUUGCGGCAGAGCGGUUGGGAACCAUCUCAUGAGACAAUUCUCCUAAUUCACGGCUACGCUGGUGGUGAUGACACAUUGCCGAUUGCAGUACUGCGGGAUGCAUAUAUUCGUCGCGGAGGCUACAACGUGUUUAUGUUAGACUGGGGCUCGCUUUGUCAGCCUCCGUGCUACGUCGCAGCGGUCCACAAUCUGAGACCUGUUGCUCGAUGCGCGGCUGAGGCACUGGGCACUCUGAGACGCGCCGGCUUGAGGCCAGACCGAUUAACAUGCGUGGGACACUCGUUGGGUGCACAUAUGUGUGGCAUCAUUGCUAACUUCCUUACGUUCCGGCUAAACCGAAUUAUAGGGUUGGAUCCAGCCCGACCUUUAAUUCGGUCCGCCCCUGCCCUACGAUUGGACCCAGGGGAUGCGCGCGCCGUCCACGUACUCCACACCAACGCAGGUCGCUAUGGUGAAGGUGCCAGGCUUGGACACGCUGACUUCUGUCUUAACGGGGGACGCAGUCAACCAUACUGCGAGGAUACGCCAAACGAAGCGUUAUGCAGCCAUAUCUGGUCAGUCUGCUAUCAGGCGGAAAGUCUGUUCCGUUCUCGUAGCGCAGUUCCAUGCGGCCGGCGUUGUUCAGUCCGCGUCCCGCCAGGACGUGCGCAAGCUCUGCCCGUGCCGGUCGGGCAGCCUGCGCCCAUGACUGCAUCAGGCGCAUACUGUUUAGAAGACGACACUAUACCGUUCUGCCCUCACACGUCGGGACUGUUGGAAGGUGACACACGCUGUUGCCUAGACGAGCAGUACGCAGCCGCGGCCACUAGCCCGCCGGCGCCGGUACGGAAGCGACCACGCCCCAUCGUCAGGCUUAGAGCGAGCAGAGUCAAACUAGACGUCCACGAUACUUUAGAAUGAUACGCCGAUUCUGACGAUUUAAUUUUAAUUCUAAAGAAGCCUGUUAAUUUUUUUAUUGCUUCAAUAGGUGGACGAACUCAGAGACCAUCAGUGUGUUUAGUGCGAGUUUAUUAACGUUCUCGAUAGCGUAAAAGUUAACUCAUAUUUGUAUGGAAUGGGAUCGUUUGCGUACGUUUGCCGCUAGGGGCGCUGUUCCAACUGCAUACAAAAUUGGCUUAGCUCUUACGCUAUCGAGAACGUUAAAAAACUUGCACUAAGCACACUGGUGUUAAGUGGCUACCGGAGCCCAUAGACAUCUGUAACGUAAACUCCGCCACCCACCUUGCAACAUGAAAGUCUGUUUUUACCGUACAACAGCUGCCCCACCCUUCCAACCGAAAUGCAUUACUGCUUCACGGCAGAAAUUAACCAGUAGGUAACUAAUUAACUAACCUAAUUUAUUUGAUCCAUCCCAUACCUAUAUGGCUAUAGCAUAUUAAGGAUCUACUGUAAUGUCUUUUGAUUUGAAGGUACAUCAGAUAUUAUAAUACGAUUGGUAUUUCGGCUCAAUGUUAGUGGCGUCAUCACCUUUGUUAUGGGCUAGUAUGUACCAAUUAACACUAAUUAAUAAAGAUGUUUUUUUGAAUCGGAUCAAAAUUUCAAUGUGAUCUCCUCCAAGAACGGCCCUUCAGCUUUACUCCAAUACAUUUUUCUAAAUAUCGUUUGAAAAUUGUGUAUUUAUUUUUUUCAAAGUUAUGCAGCCAGCUUUCCAGCCCACCAUUAGAUAAGUUUAUUAAAGUUCAUCACCCAAAUACCAUGGAUAUGUAUGUACCUAAAAUUUGUUUUUGAAAAAGUUUUAUUCUAUGAAUUAUUAUAAAAAUGCAAGUAAGAAAAAAAUAUAUUAGGAACCAAAGAAUUACAAAUGUAUCAUUAUGAUCAAUAAAAUAUGUUUUAUAGUGAUUUUUAUUUAACCGUAGGUAGUAUGUAAUUUUAAUAAACCUCAUGAAAUAUAUUUAUACACUUCUAAUUGAAUAAAAAGUACAUCAAGUGAG